CUUAAUUAACAUACAAAUAAAAUCACAUUUCAGCACAAAUAAAAUAUCACCAUAUUAGGUGGUUCUAAAGUUUUUAGCUCUCACAACUAAGAAAGUACCUCCCACAAAGGGAAAGUAACGAUAAAUGUGUGAUAAAGUGAAAUCCUGGCAGGUCUACAGGAGUGGGCAUUUGUAGUCACAAGUACUAUGAAGGCUGAAGAAAGAAUUACUAAAGUUCAGGGGUUAAGGGCCAGCUGAAUAACACAGCAAGAACCCAAAUCACUUACAUUUGUAUAAUAUUUCAUAUUUGUACACACUUCUUAGUGGAACACAUUUAAGGAAUAAGUAUUGCAAAAAUCUUCCUGUUAAAUUCAUCUGAAGGUUACAAAUGAGUUUGUAUUUUGGCAUUUAAGCAAAAAGGGUCCAGAAUCAAGGUUGCCCUAGCUCAAUUCUAAUGUUAGUCUGCUGCACUUACUCUGUGACUUUAAAAUCAUCCAAAUUUUGUAGCCGAAUUACCUGUAAAAUGAUGUCCUGAGCAUUAAUAGUAGGCUGGCACAAAAAAUGUUACCUUAUUGUUACACAUCAAAGAAAAAUGUCUCAUUUAAAAAAAAAUGAGCUCGAUAUUGUAAUUAUGAAUUUGUACCCGUUCCUAGGGUGUAGUCUGUUGGUCUGUGAUAAGAUUUACUUACUUACUUUUUUUUCACUCAGACCUUCACACUCUGCAAGGCAAAGAUGUGUAUGCUGGCACUUCCCGAACCUUGCAUCGUAAAGCCUUUGCUUGCUACAGUUUUAAAGGUUGGUAGGGAGAAGAUUCGAGAUACAUCCAUUCAAGCUUAAUUACAAACCAAGUCAACAAAACCAAGACGAUGCAAAAAUUAGUACUUGCUACACAGAAGGUUGAGUACAUAGUGAUAUGGGGCUAUAGAAUGCAACACUAUUUUUUUUACUGUUUACAACUUAUUUGGCUGACUUCGUGAUAACAGAAUGAGCCAGCCACAGGUGUUUCCUUGGGAUGGAAAGCGGGAGCGAAGGCUUAGACUACAACCACGAGCACUUCCAUCCUCUGGGAAUCCAGUGCUAAUUCUGCUGGUGUUCUGACUUCUGAUGAAAAUACCCUUCCCCCAUGAAAGUGGAAGGUGUCUCAGGUAGGAUGACAGUUACCCUAUCCUUUUUCUCACGGUGGCACCAAAAGGAAAGGCAGAACUCUUUCCUAAAAUGUAGCAUCGUGUGGGCGCAGUGCAAUCAGAGCUGAAUUCGGACCCCUCUUCAUAGGCCGUUGUCAGUGUGACCUGUCUUGGCGCUCACAAACCUGGCAAGAACGCCGGAGGGCAAGCUGCCAGGCUCACGACGUCCUGAAGCAUUUCUCUACCAAGCGGCUCCCGAGCCAUAGGAAACACUGCAGCCGGAGAACUGUGUCGCUGCCCCGUGGCGUCACUUCCGGGCGCCGGCGCUCCGAGCGGACGCCCGCAGCUUCCCAAGGUGGAUGGUGUUGCACAGGUCUUACCUCGGAGGAUUUUUUAAAAAGUAGAACUGGUCGGAGCUCCUCUCCAGUUCGCCGCCGACAGAGGCUCCAUAGCUUCCGAGCCAGCUGUUUCCAGCUGUGCUGCCCAAAUUGAGGAACUCUCAUUCGUCUGGGGUGGUGUGGGAGCUCACGGCUCGAAUCUGCAAAUAGUUCACUCCAUCCUGGUCCCUGCAGGUCCGCUUUCCCAGCUGAGACGUUGGCUUUGGUUUCUCACCCCAGUUUUGCUCGUUCCACACAUGCCUUGCAGUGUGCAGGUGCUAGGGUGUUUAUAUAUAGAUUGCUAUCUUCUGGGGGUGGUGGGUGGGAAGAAGGAUUUAGAAAGAAGGUUGGGGUAAUGAACCUAUUACAAAAAAAAUGGAGAUGUGAUUCCAAACAUUGGAUAAAAGUAUCUGCAGUUGUUUUGGCCGAGACACGUUUCAUUUAGAAUGAGCUUUAUGAGAGAACUUGUUUUCAAACCACAAAAUUAAAUUUUGAGUGGUGUGUGUAUAUUUUAAUAAGCUGAACUAAGUGCUGUACACUCUGUUUUGGAGAGGAGGCCCAGGAAAUGGGAGGUCUUUUCUUGUUUUGUUUUUAUCUGUUCUAUUUAAUUCAUUUUAAACAGGACUAUCCACACAACUAUUGUACUGUAACAUAAACUGUUGUAUAACGUGAAAGUUGAGCAUUGUUUACCCCAAAUGCCUGAACCCAGAAGUGUUCCAAAUUUAAAAUUUUUUUUUUUUUUUAGUUUUGGGAUGUGUCAUAUACAUGACAUAUCUGAGGGCGAGACCCAAAGCUAAACGUAAAAUUCGUGUUUUAUUUGCAUCCUAUAAACGUAGCCAAGGCAACUUUACAUAAUAUUUUUAGUAUUUCUUGUGUUUCCACUAGCAAGUCAGGAAUCAUUUGUAGAGUAGAAAGUAUGCUAAUAUUAAGUAAGACAGCAAGAGUUUUUUCCAAACCACCAAAGAGUAACAUUUUUGGACUUUUAAGAAGUUUUAGUGUUUGCCCUAGAAGACUUUUUUGUCACAAACUGGUACUGGGAAUUGAAACCAGCUGUGAUGAUACAGCGGCUGCUGUAGUGGAUGAAGCCGGACAUGUGUUGGGAGAAGCAAUGCAUUCCCAGACCGAGGUUCAUUUAAAAACAGGUGGGAUUGUUCCUCCAGUAGCUCAGCAGCUUCACAGAGAAAAUAUUCAGCGAAUAGUAGAAGAAACUCUUUCUGCCAGUAGAGUCUCUCCACAAGACCUCUCAGCGAUUGCAACUACCAUCAAACCAGGACUGGCCCUGAGCCUGGGCGUAGGCUUAUCGUUCAGCUUACAGCUAGUCAACCGGUUUAAAAGGCCAUUCAUUCCGAUCCAUCACAUGGAGGCUCACGCACUUACAAUUAGGCUAACCAAUGAAGUAGAAUUUCCUUUUCUAGUUCUUUUGAUUUCUGGAGGUCACUGUCUGCUGGCAUUAGUCCGAGGUGUGUCAGACUUUCUGCUUCUCGGGAAGUCUUUGGACAUAGCGCCAGGUGACAUGCUGGACAAGGUGGCAAGAAGACUUUCUUUAAUCAAACAUCCAGAAUAUUCUACGAUGAGUGGUGGAAAGGCUAUAGAACAUUUGGCCAAACAAGGAAAUAGAUUCCAUUUUACUAUUAAUCCUCCCAUGCAGAAUGCUAAAAAUUGCGAUUUUUCUUUUACGGGACUUCAGCAUGUUAUCAAUAAGCUAAUAACACGCAAGGAGAAAGAAGAAGGCAUUGAGGAGGGGCAAAUCCUGUCUUCAGCUGCAGACAUUGCUGCUGUGGUGCAGCAUACAACAGCACGCCACCUUGCGAUGAGAACAUAUCGUGCUAUUCUGUUUUGCAAGCAAAAGGAUCUGUUACCUCCAGCUAAUGCAGUAUUAGUUGUAUCUGGAGGUGUUGCAAGUAACUUGUAUAUCCGAAGAGCAUUGGAAAUUGUAGCAGAUGCAACACAAUGCACUUUGUUGUGUCCUCCUCCAAGACUGUGCACUGAUAAUGGCGUUAUGAUUGCAUGGAAUGGGAUUGAAAGAUUACGUGCUGGCUUGGGCAUUUUACAUGAUGUAGAAGACAUCCGAUAUGAACCAAAAUGUCCUCUUGGAGUAGACAUAUCCAAAGAAGUUGCAGAAGCUGCCAUAAAAGUACCACGAUUAAAAAUGACAAUUUAAUUGGUGAUUAUCAAAGGUCUCUACAGAUAUUCCUACUGGGGCUGGAGAGAGGGCUCAGUGGUUAAGAUCGCUUCUUGUUCUUGCAGAGGACCCCAGCAUCCACAUGGCAGCUCCCAAGUGUACAUAACUCCAGUUCCAAUGGAUCCAGCAUCCUUUUCUGACCUCCUAGGGCAUCAGGCAUGCAUGUGGAACACAAACAUAAAUGUAAGCAAAACACUCAUACAUGUAAAAUUUAAAAAUUGAUAAUAAAUCUUAAUUUGUUUAAAGGAA